AUGCCUAUUGAAGCUACUGACUCAGAUGUUAUUCUAACCCAUCCAUCCAACAGCGAGACAGCUGUUAGGAUUUUAAAUUACGGUGCCACUAUCGUUUCUUGGACUGUGAAUGGCAAAGAAAAAUUAUGGCUAUCAUCAGCUGCCAAAUUAGACGGCUCUAAGCCAGUUCGUGGUGGUAUACCACUAGUUUUCCCUGUAUUUGGCAAGAAUUCAGACGAUGAACACUUAUCCAAGUUGCCCCAACACGGUUUGGCAAGAAACUCUACAUGGGAAUUCCUAGGCCAAACCAAAGAAAAUCCUCCGACGGUCCAAUUUGGCUUGGGUCCAGAAUUGGCUAAUCCAGAAUUGACAAGUUUGUGGCCAUUUGACUAUACUCUAGUUUUGACAGUCGAGCUAGGCGAGGAACACUUGAAAACAGAGAUUGAAGUUGUUAACACAUCAUCUUCAGACACAUUGAAAUUCAACUGGUUAUUCCACACUUACUUGCGCGUUGAAGACAUUAAGACCUCUCAUGUGGUAAACUUGCAGGGAUCCAUGCUGUAUGACCAGUUAUUGAGCAGAAGUUACGAAGAUGAGCAGCAGCUGAUCUCCUUUGAUGGUGAAUUAGAUAAAAUCUAUAAGAACGUGUCUACAGCCAAGGAUGUCACUGUUAUAGAGAAUGGAGCCACUGCACACGUAGUAGAGAGAUACAAUUUACCAGACGUUGUUGUUUGGAACCCAUGGAUACAAAAGUCUAGUUCCAUGGCAGAUUUCGAACCAAAAUCUGGCUACCAAAACAUGGUCUGCGUGGAACCAGGACACGUUCAUGACUUCAUUGAAUUGCCACCCGGAAGUAAAUGGUUAGCAUCUCAAACUCUAAAAUAA